AACCCUUGUGUGUCUUUUAUUGAGAACAGUUUAUGAGAGACUGAAUGGAGCUUUAAUGUACAUAUAUAUAGAUGUUAAUCAUAGUACUCCCAACACUGGAUGUUUAUUGUCUGGAUACGGCUCAAAUAACUGGAUUUUACAAAGUCCGGCUCCUGUUGGUGGAGUUGAUCCCAUUUUAUCAAUAUGUCCCGUGUCUCGGACCCGUUACCGAAAACACGGCAGGAAAGAAUGAAAGACACGAAUCAAAAGAACAAAGAGAAGGAGCGACUGAAGGCACGGGAGAAAGAGACAAAGGAACGUGAGGUACGUUACAGUAACGGUCACCUGUUCACCUCGCUCACAGUGUCAGCCACCACCCUCUGCUCCGCCUGCAACAAGAGCAUCACUGCAAAAGAAGCCCUCAGCUGCCCCACAUGCAAUGUGACCAUUCACAACCGCUGCCGAGACUCUUUGGCUAACUGCGCCAAGAUGAAGCAGAAGCAACAGAAGCUGGCGCUGGUCAGGAAUACAGCCACUUUACAUAACGUGACCCUCCGCAGCAAAAAUCCAAUAAAGAAGGAGCGUCCAAGUUCAGCGAUCUACCCGUCCGAAACGUUGAGACAGUCUCUUCUCGGCUCUCGUAAAGGACGCUCCACCCUGUCCCUCAACAAGAGCGUCUCCACCAAUAACAUUGCGGGAAGUAUGAAUGAUGAUUCUCCUCUGGGACUGCGGCGGAUUCUGUCUCACUCCACAGACUCUCUGAACUUCAGAAACAGAGCCAUGUCCAUGGAGUCCCUCAAUGAUGAAGGAGAGAUGUAUUACACAUCAAUGCUGGAGGAGUUGGAGAAGGACGGGAAGGAUUUUGAAGCAGAUUCCUGGAGUAUGGCUGUGGACUCGUCGUAUCUGCAAUCUCAACGUAAAGAUGUCAUCAAGAGACAAGACGUCAUAUAUGAGCUCAUUCAGACGGAGCUAAAUCAUGUGAGGACGCUGCGCAUCAUGGAGGGGGUGUUUCGCAGAGGGAUGCUGGAGGAGGUGUUGUUGGAGAUGGGUGUAGUUCACGGCAUUUUCCCCUGCCUAGAUCAGCUGCUGUCCGUUCACUCGCGCUUCGUGAGUCAGCUGCUGGUGAGGAAGAACCACAGCCUCGCACAAGGCAGCACCCGAAACUUCACCAUCCAACAGCUGGGUGAUAUACUGUUGGAGCAGUUCUCAGGUCAGAAUGCAGAGGAGAUGAGGAAGUGCUAUGUUGAAUUCUGCAGUCGACACCUGAAAGCUGUGAAACUCUAUAAAGAGCUUUUAGCACGAGACAAAAGAUUCCAGCAGUUCAUACGGCGCGUGAGCAGAGGUUCUUUACUCCGUCGCCAUGGCGUCCAAGAGUGCAUCUUACUGGUCACUCAGCGUAUCACUAAAUACCCUGUGCUCAUCCAGCGCAUACUCGACAACACUAAAGGAAGUGAAGAGGAGAGUAAGUGUCUGGUUCAGUCUCUGGCUCUGAUCCGGGAGCUGCUGCGCUCAGUGGAUCAGCAGGUUCAGGAGUUGGAACGAGCGCAGCGGCUGCAGGAGAUCCAGUCCCGUCUGGACCCACGGGCUGAGAUGGAGGUCAAGGGUGGAGGAGUGUUUCGUGGGGGAGAGCUGCUGCGCCGGGGACUUGUUCACGAGGGAACACUGCUGUGGAAGACUGCACAAUCUAGACUGAAAGAUGUGCAGGUUUUGCUGAUGACAGACAUCCUGGUGUUCAUGCAGGAAAAAGACCAGAAAUAUAUUUUUCCAUGUCUGGACAAACCGGCAGUGCUGAGCCUUCAGAAUUUGAUCGUCAGGGAUAUAGCCAAUCAAGAGCGAGGGAUGUUCCUCAUCAGUCACUCCACGCCACCGGAGAUGUAUGAGCUCCACGCCGCCUCCAAAGAAGACAGAAACACCUGGAUGAAGAUCAUUCAGCAGACAGUGAGCAACUGUCCUUCACGAGAGGAUUUUCCUCUGAUUGAGACUGAGGAUAAAGCUUUGCUGCGCAGAGUCAGAGCUGACAUCCAGCAGAAGGAUCGUGAGGUUCUGGAGCUGUUACAGGAGCGUGUCACAUUAUUCUCCGAUCUGGCAGAGGUCACCAGAGGUCAAAAUGUUUCUCUUCCCACAAACUCCAGGAAUAUAUUCCGAGCAGGUACGCCGUAUGCUCCCCAGGCCGAAUGGCUACUGAAUGAUGCCAUUUCUGAGGUGGACAGACUGAGUGAAGUGCUGUUGAGCUCCAGCAUUGAUCGUACACAGACCUGCCAGUUAAAUGGAGAGCGGAAGAAAACCACAGAUGAAGGAACAAUAUCAGUUAACGGCUCUCAUGAUAUAAACAGUUCAUCACACAAGGACAGGAACGGAAACCAACUGCUGGACAAGACUUUAAAUGAGGAGGUGUGCCAAAGACUGGUGAACCUCAGCACUCAAUUACACGCUCUGCAGGCUGCAGUUGUCAGGCAGGACUCAUUCCUGGAGCUGUACAUGCAGGAGGAUACAGCAUCUGUGCAGGAGGUGGGCAAUGCCCCGGGCACAGAGGGUGAUCUGACACAGCUGCAGCGCAAAUACAACCUGCUGCAGGAGGAAGUGAUGCGCCUGCGGGCUGCCCAGGACAAGCACAAGAGUGGCGAUAGAACGCAAAUUCAGCUGCAAAAACAACUGAAAGAGUUGCGACUUCAGGACACAAUGGAGGGCAGAGUCACAGGUGACCUGUUGACCUCUCAAGAGACUGCACGUCAGCAGGACGCUGAGACACCUGACAGUCCCAGAGAUCUGCAGGAUAUUCCAGAGGAGUGAGGAUGUGACUGAAGCUCACAGUUAACAGCAACUCAACCUAAAGAGCUUCACAAAAACCUGACAAACUCACCUCAUCAAACCACUUUAUCACCUACUCUGUAGAAUAAUCUAUAUUAAUGUAAUUUAGAGCAUUUUUUUAAUUGUGUUGUCUGUUUUAUUUAAUUAAACAGCUUAUGGUGUAUUUUGUCUUUGAUAAAAUGACUGAAUCAAAGAUGGUAGAAAUGAAGGACAAUUUAGAUGAUAUUCUGUGAUCAUUCUGACUUCUGUGGUAGUGUGUUUUUAAUUCUCAUCUGUAGAUUGUCAAAUGUUGCUGUAUUCAUUGGCCCCGUCCCAAUACCCCCACUUGCGGUUUUGGACUUGCCUACUUACCCACUUGUCUUACAUAUUUCCAGAGUUUGGCCACAGUGUGCAAGUAGACGUGAAGACUGCAAGUGUGUGUGACUUUUGAUUGCACGUUGGGACACUCGCAGACUUAACAAUGCUUGUCCGGUUUUCUAUUUUUGUAGUUGCACUCAGAAGACUGAUUGUUGUUGGUAGUGGUGACUGUUAUAGCCUACUUAAAAUAAUAAAUAAAUGAAUAGUUUACCCAUCCUUUUAUUUAUCAUUACAUUACUGGUUGUUGGAAGUAUAUUGUGUUGUUGAAAAUAUGUAAGUACAUUUUUAGUAUGUUUCAUUGUGUGAAAUUAAUUGUAAAAUUUAAAUGUUUUUAGUAAUUUUGAUUUUCAAUACUUUGCACAUUAAAAUGUUUAACUGUAAAAUGAGGUUUUCCAUAAUUGCUGCAAAAUAUUAAAGCCAUUUCUUUCUACUUUGUUUCUCAAUACACUGCAUAAAACUUGAUAAAUAAAAAAUAAAUCUUUAUUCUAUAAACCUUAUGAUCCAUUAAUAGCUUCUACUGCAUAUUAUGCUUAAAUGAUAUGUGUUGGCGUGUCAUUUACAAGACAAUCAAUACUACUUCACACAACUUAUCUUUAUGUGGUUUUAUACAACAAAUAAAAAGCAUUAAAACUAGGGCUGUCGAUUUAACGCGUUAAUUUAGUGCGAAUAAUUGUAUUAAAAAUAACACGUUAAAAAAAUUAACGCAAUUAAUCACAAUACCCCCGGAUUGUUAUAUGGAAGAUUCCUGAGAAAUGCAAGCUUGUAGUACCACCUGUUUACUCCAGAGGGGAGGAAUUGAAAUUUCAGCUGUGUGGCAACACGCAGUUUUAUACAGUGAAGAAAACAACCAGACAGCACAAAACAGACAUGCGUUACGUUCUUGCAUUCAAAAUAUUUGAUGAGUGCAAAUGCGAACU